AGAGACGGAAGAGGAAACGAGACACCCCACUCGCUGUUUCAAUGAAAGUCAACUAGACCAGACCAAGUUGCUAUUACAUCCGUGUCUAUGGGAGACACACCCAGUUAAGUAGACCGGAACUGACAUUUUUCCCCCCAAUGGUAAAUUGCCUGAGUGAACUGUCUUCAUUUAUCCACCAUCUUUGGUAGCUGCUCCACGUCUCACUGCCAGUGAAUCCGAACUGGAAGAUGGCUGCGGUGGAACGUCCCCCAGUCAAGGAAGGGGUCCGGAUAGCUUUACUCUGUUUCUGUUGGUACACUGUUAGUUCGGGAGGUAACGUCGUUAACAAAAUUAUUCUAAAUGGAUUCCCUUAUCCUGUCACCGUUUCGCUCUUUCAUAUACUCUCAAUCGUCGUCUUCCUUCCUACGUUGUUGAAGGCAUGGGGAGUCCCAAAAACAGAAGUACCAACUAUAUACUACAAAUGGUAUAUUCUCCCUUUAGCUUUUGGGAAAUACUUCGCUUCUGUGUCGGCCCACUUCAGUAUAUGGAAGGUACCGGUUUCCUACGCACACACUGUCAAAGCCACAAUGCCUAUAUGGGUUGUGUUGUUAUCAAGGAUUAUCAUGAAGGAGAAGCAAACCACAAAAGUGUACGUAUCUCUCAUCCCCAUCAUCGGAGGAGUGCUUCUGGCCACAAUGACAGAGCUGUCCUUUGAUGUAUCUGGGUUAGUCAGUGCCCUGGCCGCCACACUCUGCUUCUCUCUGCAAAACAUAUUUUCCAAAAAGGUGCUGCGGGACACGAGGAUCCACCACCUGAGACUUCUCAACAUACUGGGCUUCAAUGCUGUUUUCUUCAUGGUGCCUACGUGGGUUCUGGUGGACCUCUCCUCAUUCUUGGUUGAGGGGGAUUUUACAGGCAUGUCUGAAUGGACCGGCACCUUCCUUUUACUCCUCGUCAGCGGCUUCUGUAACUUUGCUCAGAACGUCAUUGCCUUCAGCGUCCUCAACUUGGUCAGCCCGCUGAGCUACGCUGUGGCAAACGCCACCAAGAGGAUCAUGGUCAUCAGCAUAUCGCUCCUGAUGCUGCGUAACCCAGUCAGCUCCACCAACAUCAUGGGCAUGAUGACGGCCAUUGUGGGCGUCUUCCUGUACAACAAGGCGAAAUAUGACGCCAAUAAGGAAGCUAAGAAGAAGCUGCUGCCUUCCUCCAAGCAGGACACAAUGUCCUUCGACAAUUUGGGACUGGACAAGACGCAGCCCAAUGGUUCAGUGCCUUUGUCCCAAGGCUCAGACAUUCAGUAUGGUCGAAGCAAAGUGCUGACCGACCACUUCCAGUACAGCCGGCAGGCCUACACGAUGAACUACGGCGCCUCCAACCACCAGUAUGUGGUUUAGGCUGGUGGAUGCCUACAUGGACAUGCUGUAUAAAGAAAGGAAGGCAAGUACUGUCGUAUUGGCGGGAGAGGAAAGUAUCAAUCGUGAGUUGGCCAGCAUUUUGUCCCAAAAAUGUUCUCCUAACAUAUUUUCUUCACCUCUGCGUGUUUUUUUAUUUGUUUUGAUAUGAACACUUAAAGAUAGUUCAGUCCAAAUCAAAGUUUUUUUCAGAUGUUUUCAAACCUUAAAAGUAAUCUGACAUCGAGAUAAGCCCACGUCAACUCUUGUAGCUCAAGCUGUAUGUCUCAAUCAUGAGUGAAUGAGAAAGAUUGGCACCAUCUAAUUUCAUCAUGUUUUGUGGUGUCAAUAUUUCCAGUUAAUUUGGGAUUGAGGGAUACCAUUGAAUCUACACAACAGAUGCCUUGGAACAUGGACUCAUCUGACAAAUGUUGAUUUUGGAGUGAAGUUAAAGAUGCAGUACAGGAUCUGAAGCACAUAUUAUACAAAUUGAAAACGUUUAUUUUUUUUGUAGGAUGUACCAUAUCAUACGAAAUGGGUGACGUAGUGCACAAUUUACGAGGACGCAUUUUGGCUCGUGAUCACUACUUUCAAAACGCCUGUCUGAAAUUUGCUUGCUGAGGAACGGAUGUUGCUGUAUUCUUUUUACUGUGGAAGCUUGCUAAUGUGGUAAUAAUUGUUACCGUAGCCACAAUGGCAUAGGUCCAAAUAAAUUGAACAGAACAUUUUCUCUAUAUCUAAGAACAUGAAAUGUUUUGAAUAAAUUACCAUGACUGUAAUGCUUUGAAUCAGGCUUGCACUCAGUUAUAUUGACCCCAGUUAUAGUGACAGUUAUCUGAUCUGGUAAAAGCUUUGUAAUAUGGGGUUACAAGGGUCAAGUAACUGAGAUGCACCUAGUUUUAUGUGGCAGACCUACUUGGAUCAGGUAUAAAAGUCAGUAGACUCCACAUGCUUUUGCCCGGUUUGUCUUUCUUCUUCCCAAUAUUCACACUUAAAAUUGUCUGAGAUUGAGGAAUAGUAAUUUAGCCUACAGGGAACGAGCUGUUUUUCAAAGCCGAUGUGGAGCACCUGAACUAGUUAACUGGUUAAGGUUUGCACAUUGUAAAAAGAAAAAGAUGUGACAGAGCGACUGUGACUAACUCUUGUGUGGAAGCUCUAUUCUAGUCUACAGCUGGAGAACGGAUGGUAAUAAUGUUGUUAACCCCAUUAACUUAAAUGUUAUACUUGUUGAAUAUAAAAUUCAUAUUCUUCUAGUCUACAUUUUUCAUUUGAGUUUGCUUGUUUCAAUUUGUUGCAGAACAUUCCAGCAUUGUAAGUGGACAAUUUCUUUGCUGUUUCCUAACUGCAGGGAUGUUCGCUCUGACUGUAUUUAUUAUUAUUAUUUAUUAUUAUUAUUUACCUUUAUUUAACCAGGUAGGCAAGUUGAGAACAAGUUCUCAUUUACAAUUGCGACCUGGCCAAGAUAAAGCAAAGCAGUUCGACAGAUAAAACGACACAGAGUUACACAUGGAGUAAAAACAAACAUACAGUCAAUAAUGCAGUAUAAACAAGUCUAUAUACAAUGUGAGCAAAUGAGGUGAGAAGGGAGGUAAAGGCAAAAAAGGCCAUGAUGGCAAAGUAAAUACAAUAUAGCAAGUAAAAUACUGGAAUGGUAGUUUUGCAAUGGAAGAAUGUGCAAAGUAGAAAUAAAAAAUAAUGGGGUGCAAAGGAGCAAAAUAAAUAAAUAAAUAAAAAUUAAAUACAGUUGGGAAAGAGGUAGUUGUUUGGGCUAAAUUAUAGGUGGGCUAUGUACAGGUGCAGUAAUCUGUGAGCUGCUCUGACAGUUGGUGCUUAAAGCUAGUGAGGGAGAUAAGUGUUUCCAGUUUCAGAGAUUUUUGUAGUUCGUCCAAGUCAUUGGCAGCAGAGAACUGGAAGGAGAGGCGGCCAAAGAAAGAAUUGGUUUUGGGGGUGACUAGAGAGAUAUACCUGCUGGAGCGUGUGCUACAGGUGGGAGAUGCUAUGGUGACCAGCGAGCUGAGAUAAGGGGGGACUUUACCUAGCAGGGUCUUGCAGGGUAUUGCAUGUCUAGUGACUCUAUUGUAUAUUGGGCAGCAACAAACUACUAUUUUGGGCAGCAACACAUUUUUGCUGUUUACCAUCAAUACAAAUAAUAGUAUUUAUUUGGAUAUCUUCUCCUAUGGUAUGUACUGAAUAGCACAGUUCUGGUUGGCUGCACAGAGAUGAACCAGGUGGAUUUACACAUUUGUAGAACUGUGUAUGUAUGAGCUUGUGUGGAAUUCUCAGGUAGUUCCAAGCUUAUUUCAUAUUCCAUUUAGUGAAGCUCCCGUAUCAUUUGGUUCAGUAGGUUUGGUCUGGUUACGUAAUGAAAUUCAUACUGGCGUGGUGAUUAGGCUAUUGAGAUUUUAGUACAUGUGACUCACUUAUGCCUGUUAUCUGCAUGUCCUCAUGAAUUAGAGUUUUGAAUUUACCUGUCUACUGGAUAGUGUUACAAAGUAAACAAUCAUUUGUAGAAAUCCAAUGACAGUGGAUAACUUCAAUAUUAGGGUUUGAUUUCACCUUGGCUUAUAAAGUAUGGAAGAUCAAAUGUUGGAGCAAUGAUUGGAUUCUACUAAAUCUCAUUUGUCACCUUUUAACAUGUAAAAUUUGAGCCCAUUGUAUUAUUUUGCGACCUAUUUUUAUUAUUUUAUUACUGUGCUGACAUUCUGUUAAACUGUCUCAAGCUUUCCUCUUAAAUCUAUGGUUGAGUUUGUCACGUCCUGAUGCGAGAUGCCAAAUGAAAGAAGCUACGUGGCUCAAGUCAAUAUUUAUUGGUCGCUUACACACUUAUCGCAGGUGCAGGGAAAUGCUUAUGUUUCUGUCUCCAACAAUGCAGCAAUAUCUAGCAAUACAAUAACAAAACACACAUACACCCCCGAAGGAUUUUGACUCCUCUUAAAAGGCUUGUGUGAUGCAGUAGCACGGAAUGAUGGAAUCUGAUGUAUAUGUUUAAUGUAAAGCCUAAUAUUUGACUGUACAGUAGGCUAAAUAACAUUUUGAACAUGCGAUUUAGAGAAACUAUUUUCAUUAAAUCUGGGAUGGCAUUUUAAGGUUAUGACUGUAUUUACUGGAAUGUACAUUUGACUGUGUGGGGGUUUGCUUUGUAAAAGUUGUAUAAAUGACAUUUUUCCUGUUUUAAAGGAUCUUGAAAAACAGAUUUUUUUUUACUGAACCAAUGUUUAUAGAUUUUUAUUUAUGGUGUCUAGGUACAGAAAGUGUACAUAAGUGCAACCAUGCACAGUCUUGUCUGCUUACGUUUUUAGAUGUAUAAAUAAAUGCAUUGUGAAAUGAAUAAAUGCAUUGUGAAAUGAA